GACCUUUUUUGUCCUGAGUUCCCUUCUCGGGACUUUGUUGUGGAGCACCAUGGGGACUCCAAAUGAUCAGGCAGUGUUGCAGGCCAUCUUCAACCCUGACACCCCCUUUGGAGACGUAAUUGGAUUGGACCUGGGAGAGGAAGCAGAGAAGGAUGAAGAUGAAGAUGCAGUCUUCCCGCAAGCACAGCUGGAGCAGUCGAAAGUCCUGGAGCUGCAGGGGGUGAUGGCGGCCGAGGCCGGUGACCUCAGCACAGCCCUGGAGAAGUUUGGCCAAGCCAUCCGCCUGCUGCCGGAGAGAGCGUCUGCCUACAACAACCGGGCCCAGGCCAGGCGGCUCCAAGGAGACGUGGCAGGCGCCCUGGAGGACCUGGAGCGCGCUCUGGUGCUGAGCGGCGGCCGCGGCCGCGCCGCCCGGCAGGGCUUCGUGCAGCGCGGGCUGUUGGCGCGGCUGCAGGGCCGGGACGAAGAUGCCCGCGCGGACUUCGAGCGGGCGGCGCGGCUGGGCAGCCCCUUCGCGCGCCGCCAGCUGGUGCUGCUCAACCCUUACGCCGCGCUGUGCAACCGCAUGCUGGCCGACAUGAUGGGGCAGCUGCGCGGACCCCGCAACGGACGAUGAGCGCGGCCACGGGCGGGGGGCGGUGUGGACCCGGGGGGGACUCCGAGCAAAUAAAGCCGCCAGGCCAC